ACCCACUCCAUCUUUCUCCCCAUUAGUCAUUACACUACUUAUAAGUAAUAGCCCAAACUCUCACAUUUCUCUCCUUAACUUUCUCAUAAUCACAAAUAUCACCAGAAAACUUAUAGGAACGUUUGCAUCGACGUCCUUUCUGAUACAAAACUAACAACCAUGUGUGGCGGUGCUAUCAUUUCCGACUACAUACCACCAACUAUUUCUGGGCGAUCUUCAUCACGGAGGUUGACGGCGGACUUUUUAUGGCCUGAUCUUAAAAAACCCGUUGGCAAACAGUACUCAAAGCCUGUUGUUGUUGUUGAUCUUGAUGAUGACUUCGAGGCUGAUUUUCAAGAAUUUAAAGAUGAAUCUGAUGUCGAAGAAGACGAAGACGUUGUGCUUGAUGUCAAGCCUUUUGGUGUUUCUGCUUCUGCUCUCUCUCCUCCUCAUCGAAAAAGCGCUGUCUCUCGUGGCCCUACACCUGUAAAAACUGUGGAGUUCAAUGGACAAGCUGAAAAAUCUGCAAAGAGAAAGAGAAAGAAUCAGUAUAGAGGAAUCCGGCAGCGACCAUGGGGAAAAUGGGCUGCUGAGAUUCGUGAUCCCCGGAAAGGGGUGCGUGUUUGGCUAGGGACAUUUAAUACAGCAGAAGAAGCUGCAAGAGCAUAUGAUGCUGAGGCACGUAGGAUUCGUGGCAAGAAAGCUAAAGUAAACUUCCCUGAUGAAGCUCCACGUGCUUCCACAAAGCCUUCAGUUAAGGCAAGCCCUCAGAAAUCACUAUCCAAGACAAAAAUGAACGAGACUUUCAGUUACUUGAACAACACAGAACAGGAUUACUUCAAUAGUCUGGGUUUUGUUGAUGAGAAACCACCAGUGAGCCAGUUUGGUCUGAUGGACUCUUUUCCUACCAAUGGAGAUUCUGGAGUGAAAUCCAAUUUUCCCAUGUAUUUCAAUUCUGAUCAAGGGAGCAAUUCAUUUGAUUGUUCCGACUUUGGAUGGGGAGAGCAUGCGUCAAAGACUCCUGAAAUCUCAUCUAUGCUUUCAGCUACUCCAGAAAUUGAUGAAUCUCUGUUUGUGGAGGAUGCUAACCCAAAAAAGAGGAUGAAAUCUGACUCUGGGGAUGUGAUGCCUGUAGAGGACAAUGGAAAAUCUCUGUCUGAAGAGCUGUUGGCUUUUGACAAUCAGGAGAACUUUCAGGUGCCAUAUCUUGAAGGGAAUUGGGAGACUUCGCUUGAGAGCUUCCUUAAUGGAGAUACAACUCAGGAUGGUGGAAACCCAGUGGAUCUGUGGAGCUUCGAUGACCUCCCUUCUUUGGUGGGGGGAGUUUAUUGAGCAAACUCUAGCUUCUGUAAAUAAGGCUACAUGUUAGGAUGGUUGUCUGUCUGAUGUGUAGAAGAAGCACAUUUGAACAUGCUUAAUCCUCUCUGGAGAAGUGUGAUCUGAGGAGCUUUUGGUACAAGAGUAGUACAUAGGUUUUUAGGUUUCUCUCUGCAUGUUGAGACAUUGGACUUGGGUUGUUAUAUUUGAUUGGGUUGUUAUAUUUGAUGACUGUAAUUGACAGUGCUGUGUGAUUGGUCUUAAAACCUGAAACCUGAAACCAUAUAAAUGUUAGCUCUGCUUUUGUUUUC